GAGACGGCCGAAAACAACUGGCGCAGUGAUUCCACAAUGGCCACAAGUGUCCCGACUGUGCCUGACCGGGACUCUGCGCAACGCAGUUCUGAGAGGGGCUGGAGAGGUUUUGAGCUCUCCCUGCUCCUUCGUGCGUGAACAACACACCUGUUCUUCGGACGCUGGAUUCUAAAAGAAUAACAUUUCUUUACGGCAAAGUUAAUUCAGCGCGCCGUCGUUGGAGCGGGGGCAAGAUCACAGAAGGAAGACAAAGGACUACAUCCUGCACUGGUGGUUUAUGACUCAUGAGUUGAACAGUCUCAGCCGUGGUUCCUUGUAAUGCUCUAACAGACCUCAGGAAAUACUGGGUGAUUUGAACCGUGCACCACUCCUUCAGGGAUGAUUACAUCCCACAUGAACGGUUAUGUGCAAGAGGCCUCUGGUCAGGCCAUGAACCACAGAGAGAGGGCUGUGGACUGCCCAGGAGAGGAUAGUAGCCUUGCCAAAACUCCAAACUGUAGUGCCCAAAUGGAAAGAAUCCAGCAUUAUCAAGAGGAGCUGAGGAAGAGGAGAGAGGAGGACAGCAAAGGGAAGCAUGACAUUGACUCCAAUGCUUCUCUGAGGCUCAAGAAGCUGGCACAAAACCCUAAGGUGGGCAUUGACAAUCCCACCUUCGAGGGAAAGGAAAAUGCUCCCAAAGACAUGAGCUCCCCAGAUGUUGUUGUCGAACUGGAGGAGCUGUUGCAGGCUCUGAAGUUGGCACAGCUUAACUUGAAUGAUGCCCAGAGCCAGCAGGAUGUGGAUCUGAUCAUGCAGUUCCUUGCUAAGGAGGAAUUCAAGACUGCCUACACCAUCUACACUGUCCUGUCCCAGCAGAUGUGCAAAGUCAGCCCCACCUUACCGCUCACGGCACAAGCUCAGGACCUCUGCCAAGAGGUUCAGAGGAUUCUCCAAUCGGGCCAACCGAAGGAGGGUCUGGAGCUCAAAGCCCUGCUCACCAAUCCUCAUCUGCAGGCUCUGAUACAGGCACAUGACACUGUGGCAGGGCAGGAAAUGACAGAGGAAAUCGUGACACAGUACCUUGGAGAGACGGUAAAACUAGUGCGGUUGGAGAAGACUAAAGACACUCCGCUGGGUGCAACAGUCAGGAAUGACAUGGACAGCGUGGUGGUGAGCCGAGUGGUGAAAGGUGGGGCAGCAGAGCGGAGUGGCCUCCUCAGUGAGGGAGACGAGAUCCUGGAGAUCAACGGGAUUCCUAUCCGUGGAAAACACAUCAAUGAAGUCCACGACUUAUUGCAACAAAUGCAGGGCACUCUGACAUUCCUGCUCAUCCCCAGCUCUCAUGUUAAACCUGCUCCUCAUAGACAGACUGUGAUUCACGUACGCGCUCACUUUGACUACGAUCCCUCUGAAGACCCUUUUGUGCCGUGUCGAGAACUGGGCCUGUCCUUCCAGAAGGGAGACAUCCUCCACGUUAUCAGCCAGGACGAUCCCAACUGGUGGCAGGCCUACAGGGAUGGAGAUGAGGACAACCAGCCCCUGGCUGGACUCAUUCCAGGGAAAAGUUUCCAGCAGCAGAGAGAGACCCUGAAGAAGACCAUAACCGACAAGAAUCAGGAUCAGCAGGGGAAGCUUUGGUGUUCAAAGAAGAACAAGAAACAGAAGAAGAGGAACACAGUAAACCUCAACAAAAACAUCGACUACGACGACAUCCUGACCUAUGAGGAGAUGUCCCUCUACCACCAGCCUGCCAACCGCAAGCGUCCCAUCGCCCUGAUUGGUCCUCCAAACAGCGGUCAUGACGAGCUGCGCCGGAGGCUUCUCUCCAUAGAGCCGGAAAAGUUUGCCGUUGCAAUCCCCCACACAACCAGAAACCCAAGGAUACACGAAAGGAUUGGACGCGAGUACCAUUUUGUGAACCGCACUGCCUUUGAAACGGACCUGGCUGCGGGGAAGUUCAUUGAGUCGGGGGAGUAUGAAAAGAACCUGUACGGCACCAGCACCGACUCUGUCCGGCAUGUCGUCAACUCCGGACGCAUCUGUUUGCUCUGCCUACACACCAGGUCUCUGCGGGUGCUGAGAUCCUCCAACCUCAAGCCAUACGUCAUCUUCAUUGCUCCUCCUUCUCAGGAACGUCUGCGCACCCUGCUGGCCACAGAGGGCAAAACUCCAAAGCCUGAGGAGCUGAGGGAAGUCAUUGAAAAGGCCCGCGAGAUGGAGCACAACUUCGGUCACUUCUUUGAUGCCACAAUCGUGAACAUGGAUCCAGACCAGGUGUUUCACGAGCUACGCAGACUGAUAGAUAAACUGGACACAGAACCACAGUGGGUGCCCACGUCCUGGCUGUGCUAGAGGCAGCGCUGAGGGGUCUCAGGGUAAAAAACGGCAGACAGCAGCUAAACUGACUGGAGAAUGAAGGACGUACAGUGAUGAAGCGUCACUGGAUUUUCACUUGCACAUUUUCCUCGUUUGUAGAGGAUUGUUACAGCAUGCUGCAGGGAUAGACUAAGUUUCUUUACUUUUGUUUCUUUUUUAUCUUUGUGUUUUGUCUAUUUGUUUCAAUAAGGUCUCAUGAUCUCAGUUUAAUGGAAAAUCAUGUAUCUAUGCAAUUCUAAAUAGUUAUUUAUCAAUGUAAAUAUACUUUUUUUUUUUUUUUUAGACAGAAGAGGUAUAUAUUAUAUCAGUCGUGUCCCUGAGAAAACGACACAUGCUCCCAGCUGGAGGAGUUAGUCUUAAAAAGACUCCCUGAUAAAGCAGCAGGCAAAAAAAAAACAACUCAUCAGGUACCAAACUGAAAACUAGUUUUAGUACUUUAAGUCCAGUGUCUUCCAUCGAGAGGCAGGACUGAGACGUCUGCCCUUGAAACCUGUGCGAUUCAAGGGGAUUUUCUUACCAAAGUCAGUAUUCUGUUGUCUCAUUCACACUGUGGGAGUGUUUUCUACCAGUAUAUUAAGAACAAAACGCCCUAUUUAAUGCAAGUUCAACAAAUACUAUGACGCUUCUCUGCAAAGUACUUAGUAGUUCAUGAGCAAAAUUUUGCAAGUGUUAAUAAAACCAAAUAUGUAAACUUGUGGUUAAAUUUGUAUAUUUUUAGUUUUAGCUAGUUAAGUUAUUAAAUAAAAUGGCUGCAUAGGUCUUACAGCUCAACCCAGUUUUCUUUUCUUUGAUUAAAAAAAAAAAAGAAGUUCUAGUUCAAACUAGAACCCAGUGACCACUAACUGGAGCAAG